AGAUAAGGAAUAAAGCUCUCUCUCUCUCUCACCUUCUUCUCUCUGACGCCUCUCUCUUCCCCUUCCAACACCAAACCCUUUUCCUACAAAAAGUUUUACCCUCGUAUCCAACAAUCUCGUCUUCUGAUCGAUCGAGUUUCGAUUUUCUCGGUUUCGAGAGAUUAAUCCUGCUAGCUAGCUAGCCCUUUCAGAUCAAUUGUUGUAUUGCACCUCGAUAUGUCUACCUCUAUGGAUCUGGAGUUCCGAGAAAAUCCACCCAGAAUUGACAACACCCUAACACUGCCACCGAUCAGGACCCUUUGCGCUCUGAAUUCAAGAUCCGAUAAUUAUCAUAGCUCAAGAACCAACACCAAUGAUGAUAAGGAGAGCAUUAUCGCUGUAGGAGGUGCAGCAACUGCCGGAGGUGAAGAAGAUACUGAAUGCCGGACCCCCACAUCUAGCGAGCAUAAGAUCCCGCAGGUACUUGAGUGCCCGCCAGCGCCGAGGAAGCCGAGGAGGACAUCUUUAGGAAAGAGGAAGGCAUCAGAAUUGAGGUCAAUGGAGUUCUUCGAUGUGGUGAACCGGGAAGAAGUGGAGGAUCUGUUCAGGAGGUUGGAGCAGUGCAGACUUAAUAAUCCAACAUCGGUCGUGAAGAGAAGAUCCUCAUGCAAGGGCUUCGUGGUGCAGUUUCGAUGAUCGUGCUAGCUCAAUCAGUAGAUCUAAUAUUUCUCGCACUUUUGUUUUUGAAAUAUCUGCAGGGUGAUACUGAAUUUUGUAUGUAGUUUACACGUUUUCUGCGUUAUAUAGAAGGAUUAUGCGAGAUGAUUAUUAUAAGCCUAAUCGAUGGGAAAUAUUUUAUGCCUGAAAUCUUAUUGAUUAUGGUUCUGGUAAUCACACAGAUACAUAGAUCUUGUGAAUUAGUUUCAUCUAGAUCCCUUCGGAUGUAACAAAUUAUAGUUGAAAAUCUUCUAUGUAUAAUUUAUUUCUCCCUAAUGCUUUUCAUCUAGACCAAA